UAAAUUGCAAGAUUCCAAUUUCGGUAUUGUAAUAUCGAAAUAUCGAUAUUUCGGUAUCUGAAUACCUGUUAUUUCGGUAUUUUAAUACCGAAAUAUCGGUAUUUCGAGAUCUCGAAAUAUCGAGAUUACAUGCCCUAGUCACAACGCACAGUGGGCCAGAUUUAAUAAAUUUUGGCCAAAAAUACAUAGGAGCCGAAUUUGAAGAAAACAUAAUUAGAUUUUGGUGUACAACAAUAAUCUAAGGCAUAUAUUGUAUGUGGAAAUUUUUAGUAGUCACAUGACACACCCCCAGUGGGUGUGGCUCUCGGCGACUUUCUGGUUUUAACGAUACCAUGUCAUGUGAUAUAUCAUUUUUCUCAGGUCGACGAGGGGACCUCGACAGAAGCAAUACAAUUUUAACACCACACCCCCAGUGGGUGUGGCUUUAAGCAAAUUGUCGAUUUUAGCAAAAACAUGUCAUGUAACAUCAUGUAACAUCAUUUUUCUCAGCUCGACAAGGGGGUUUCGGCGAAAUACCUAACAUUGGGAAAACGCUCCCUCAGUGGGUGUGGUUAUCAGGAAAUGCUCGGGGUGUGGUUCCCAGAAAGUUUUCGAUUUUAAUAAAACCAUGCCAUGUGCUAUAUAGUUUUUAUCAGCUCAUCAAGGGGGUUUCGACGGAAUACCUAAAAUUAGCGUUCAGCUACUUUUCGAUUUUAACUAAAUUAUGUCAUGUCAUGUAAUACAUCAUAUCUCGUAAUUUAACGAGGGGAUUUGGAUAAAAUAAUUUGAAUUGCAUUACGCAAGCUAAGAAAACCCCUUGAUUACUUCCGGUUCCUCCACAACUUAACGGUAUUUCAGGCAACCCAAAUUUCGGAGGGUUUCCUGGUGCACCCUGCCAUUCAUCCAAACGUUGGGUUAUUUUAAUAAUUUUUUCCACAAAUGAAGACACACGUCUGGGGGACAUUUUCAGAAAAAAUUAGUACCGAGAACACAACAGCAAAAAAGUUUCAGAAACUGGUUUGAAAUUUUUUUGAGUCAUCAGAAACUUUAUGGCCACCAUGUAUGUAGAAUUUGUCAAAGCUUGCAUUGCUGUACAUAUCAAUUUUGAUUACAUUGAUCAGCCUCCUCAAAGUGUAAAUUUUAUGGAAAACAUGAGAUGACUUAUCUUCCAUUGGAUUGGGGAAUAAUUUUACCUACCUCGUUCAUUCACAUAUCUGUAUUUAUAAACUGAGGUUGACGCUGCUCAUUUUUAUACCUAAACCCACCUAAAUUUUGUGUUGAAUUGAUUUUCAAUAAUUUUUGGAUUAAGCUUAACUAUGACAUCCAAAACAUCGAACAACAUCCUUGUCAUAAUUAUUGACGAAAAUUUCGACGAACUAACAACUUUAUUGGAUGUGAACGAUUCUCUGUUAAGCUAUCUCGAAGUGAAGAGCAUAAUCACUGAUGAAACCGUGGAUUUGUUGCGCAAGAUUAACGGGAAAGUAAAUAAGGCACACAGGUUGCUUACAAUUCUUCGUAAUUUAAGGACUGACGAAGACCUACCAGUAAUUAUGCACGCUCUCGGAGAUGACGUUAGCUGCAACAAAAGAGCUUUCCAAAUAUUCCAACCAUACCUACCAGUCAACGACGCGAAUAAAGGUGAUGACUUGCAAUUUUCAGACUUACACUUAAAGAUAAACGAACAUUUGGUGGACACGAUGGAAACUUGGAUGGAGUUAGAAGUGCCAAACUCGUCAAGAACAACUACAUCGUCCGCAGAAUGCGACCACUGGAACUACAAUGUCACCAAAUUUCUUGGGGUUGGCUCUUUUGGUGUGGUUUUUCAAAUCAGAGAAACGUCUACUCGGUUGAACUCCGACCGGGUGGACGCAGCACUUAAGAUAGUAGUUGGACAGACAAGAGAUGUGACUGAGUUUAAGAAUACAGUGGAGCGAGAAUGCCAAAUAAUGGACGCUACAAAUUCAACUCCCCACGAAAAUGUGGUUACUAUUUUGGCCCAUAAACUUCUUGAACCUGGAGGUCCAAACAUCAUCGACGAAUACAUGCAGGCUACCAAUACUACUUUAGAACAUGGGAAACGACUUUGUUGUUUCGCCCUGACAGAUAACUUAGCCCACGGACAUCCUGCCAUAAUAAUUAAAAUGGAACUAUGUGGUCCAACCCUGCAGACAUGGUUACUCAAAAACGAUAAAAAACCUGAACAAGUUAGCAAUGUCGAUAUAGACUUUACGCUGCGCAAACAAAUUACACUUGGGAUGAUUUCUGGCCUAAAAUUUCUCCAUUCCAAGAAUAUUCUGCACCGAGAUUUGAAACCUGAAAAUAUUUAUUUUUCCCACGUCAAGGACUCUGACGAUUUGUUCCAAUGCCCUAUAAAACUUGGAGACUUUGGGCAAUGCCGUAAAGUCCCGGGUGAUGCCACCAUGACACAAACGGCUCAAGUAUGGUCGGAACAGUACCGAGCUAGAGAAGCUAAAGAAUUCGAUGAACUAGGGAACCUCCGGUACGGGCCGAAUGCUGAUUGGUUUUCUGUGGGACUUAUUAUUUUUGAAAUGUUCCACCUGAUUCCCAAGACAGUGCUCAAGACAAAAUUUGCUGACCUAAUUGGAAAAAAGGGUGUUGGUCUGGUAAACGAUUUUCCUGACAUGCCAAAUCUGAAAGAUAUCAUAAUCGGUUUAACCAGAAAAAUGUCUGACGCUAGGGUGCCAACCAUCAACAAAAUUCGUGACGAUAAUUUUGUUAUGUUUUAAUAUCACUUUAACAGUUCCUGUUUAUGCUCAAAAGUUAGAAAGACCAAAUGCCAUCAGUAUAAUAUAAAUAUUGCAUUAGAAACAACCACUGGUAAAUAUGUAUCAGUUUAAUAAUUUUCCGCGAAUACGUUACUUUCAACAUAAGUUAUCCAAUUUAAGCUACAACAUUAUACAUACAUAGUUUUAUUCAAAUUGAAAAAUAAAUUUGGUAAAAUUUAA